AUGAUCACCAGCAGAUCCCCACCCUUAAUUCCCACAAUCGACAUAUCGCCCCUACUCUCCACCACCGCACCGUCCUCCGUGCGCCAAGCCGUCAUAACCCGCAUGAGCGACGCCGCCCACACCUACGGCUUCUUUAACUUGACCGGACAUGGCAUCCCACAGUCCCGCCUCGCAGAAGCACUCAUCCUGAAUCAAAUGUUCUUUGCGCUGUCCGAGGCCAGCAAAAUGGAAGUUGCGAUUGAGAAAAGUGUGGGACGGGCAUUUAGGGGGUACGAGAGACCGGGGAUACAGACGCACCAGGAGGGAGUGUUGCCGGAUAGUAAGGAGGUAAGUUGGAUGCAUCUUCUGGGCUGUUCGUUGUACUACGAGGGACCUUGCACAUGGUAUCGUAUGUAUCUGCUGACCAUCCAAGACAUUCAUGGUGGGCCGCGAGGUCGGACCCGACGAUCCAGACUGCGGUUCCUUCUCCACAGGACCGAAUCUCUGGCCGGAGGAUUUGCAGGCAGAGCGGUUCCGUGA